AUGCCUGAGAAGGAAGCCAAGUACAUAUCUGUGCCCUCGGACGACCCUAAGGAAGAAGCUAUACCAGAUUCUGGUUUUAAUCCUGCUCAUGAAACCAAGCGCUGCGGAAACCGUUGUUGUCUUCGGAAGGCCUGGAGGAGGGCUUUAGCUUUUAUUCUUUGUACUGUCCUAAUUGGACAUCUUGUUUAUGUCGGAGUAAACCACUUCUUGUUUAGGGUUUUUGGCACCCCCGGUUCGUGCGUACCUUCUAUCAAAUUAGAAGGGAAGAACGAGUACCUGUUUGAACCAUCUGAUAUCGAGGGUCUGAUUUUCGGCGUCAAAGGAUUUUCAUCCCAAGGGAGUGUUAUUAUUCGUGAAGAUCCUUGGGCUCAUCAUUAUAUCAAUGUAACGAAUACGAUUUAUGUCUCGGAUGAUUCUCUUCAAGAUGAUGUUAGAAUAGAGUCAUCCAUAAUCGACAAGGAUGCUACUAUUAAUAUCAUAACUCCAUCCUUUGACGUAGCGCACAGAUGCGUUCGCGUUGAUACCGUCAUUACUUUCCCAUCGAAAGUCAAGUACUUCAGAUCACUAGCGGUUGAUGUACCUAAUUCUUGGAUCGCUACUGAACGAUUGAACAAUAUCGACUUUGCGUUUGUCAACUUUAAAACGGCUAACGGUCAUAUAUUCGCUGAUAAACUUUCAUUCACCGAGGGCGAAAUUGCAAGUAUAAAUGGCAAUAUUCGCGGUAAUUAUGACGUGGCUGAAAAAUUAGAGAUCAAGAACGUUAAUGGUAUCAUUGAUGUUGAACCCCAUGUUCAUCCAUGGGCGGACAAUGUUUCUAUCGAUAUCCGCUCUGUAAAUGGACACAUUGAUGCUCAUGUGCGUGACCUGAGUGAAACCCAAGUCCUUAAAUUCAAUGCUCACUCUGUCAACGGGGGUAUUAUUAUCACUAUUGCCGAUGAAUUCAAGGGCAGAUUUGUCGCCAAGACAUUUGUCGGAUUCGCUAGCGUUGAAGGUAAAGAUGUCACGUUUGAAACAAACAGAAGAACAUACAAGAGCGGUACCAAAGGCUUAGAGACUGAUGACGACGGUGACGAUGAUAGUGUGUCCAGUGCCACUUUGGAAGCAUAUACCGGAUCGGUUGAGCUGUAUUUCAAGUGA